GUGAGUUUCAGUCCAUAGAAUGACAGGGUGUUUGGGAUUCAAUCUUCUAAAAUUCCUGAGCAAGCGAAGCCGAGCGCACUGGAUUUCGCAGGGCUUCAUAUCAAAAAAGAUUGAGUUGAGCAAUAGCGAUGCAGAUGGGAAGAAGAACAGCAUCAUGCAUUGCUUGCUCAAAUCUCCACCUGAAAAACCAGCGGUCCUCCUCAUUCACGGCUUCGGAGUCGAUGGUCUCACCGCUUGGGAGAAGCAAAUCGGGGCUCUCUCAAAGCAUUUCAGUCUCUACAUUCCGGACCUUUUGUUUUUCGGUGAGUCCACCACAAGGAGGUCCGAACGGUCUGAGAUUUUUCAGGCAGAGUGCGUGAAGAACAUGUUGGAUUGCCUGCAAGUGAAGAGUGUAAUGGUUGUUGGGCAUAGCUAUGGUGGGUUUGUGGGCUUUUGGAUGGCGCAUCGAUUUCCUGAGCUGGUGCGUUGUCUUGUAAUUGUGAGCUCUGGUGUGUGCAUGACUCCCUCCAGUAAUGAUGAUCUGCUCAAGGAGUUUGGUGGUUCAGAUAUCAAGGAGGUUCUUAUUCCUGAAAGCGUCCCCGCCCUUAAGAAGGCCCUCAGUCUUGUCUUGUACAGCAGGCCAUGGCUUCCUAAUUUUGUAUACAGAGACUGGUUGGAGAAUAUAGAAAUGAACAAGGAACAGAAGGCAGAAUUGGUGGAUGGUCUUGUUAUUGGCUCAAACAAUGCUCCUCAUCCACUUCCACCAUUGAACCAGAAUGUUCUUAUAGUAUGGGGAGAGUAUGACCGCAUAUUCAAACUGGAACAAGCCUAUCUUCUUGAAAGGCAUAUUGGGGACAAGGCUAAGCUUAUGGUGAUAAAAAUGUGUGGGCAUGUCCCUCCACUCGAGAAAUCAGCUGAGUUGAACAAGGCUUUGCUACAUUUUUUGCUGGAUGGUAAUCCAAUGUAAUUGUAAUGGUCCAUUACUCUUUAAUAUGUUAUAAACAAAGUAUUUUGGAUCUGUCAUGUUCACUGGAAGCUGGCCUGCAAUUUUUCAUGUAUAUAUAUAUUUCCCCUUCACUUAAACGUUGAUCUGUUUGGGCU